AUCGCCGCUCUAAUUCGUAAAACCUCAGGUGCCGAUUAGCAUAGCAGACGCCAUUUUUACAGAAAAACAACAGUAAUAGUAAGUUUGUUGAAGUAAGUAGGUUCGUUCUUCUGGUUUCUAGAAUAUGGAAAGUAGUAGCGGCAGUAUAAUUGUAUCAAAAGGGAUGCAGAAUCCAUUUACUUUCAAGGUGGGUCAAGUGUUUACUGGAUUUGGCGUCGGAUGUGGUCUUGGUAUCGGAGUUGGAAGGCCUAUAAAUCUAGGUGCAAUACCAGUAUUAAAUCAAGUUAUGGUUGCUGCUAGAGGAGCAUCAGAUGUUUUUUCUGGUGUUGGAAGGCAUGUUAACCACUCUUUGAAAAUGGUGGGAGCGAAAAACAUUGAAGCAGGCAUUGGGUGUGGAGUUGGUUUCGGCCAUGGUUUUGGAGUUGGUCUUGCUAUAAAGCCUGGGGUUGUACAUCAAAUACAAAUUAGUCUCAUUCAAACUGCCACAAAGUUGAUGAUGAGAUUUGGAGUGACACCCAAUUUGUUUUCCCAAUCUGGUGAUGACCGAAAUCCACUGGCAACAGACUUAAACACAAGAAUGAAAGAAUCACUAAAAAACCCAUUGAGUUUGUCACAUGGGAGUCGUACGGAGAAGGUCAUUAGCAAUUUCUUGCAAACUCCUCUUGUAGAAGGUGAAGCCAAGAAGCUUGAGGGUGGUGGUCAGUUGCAGUCUGAGAAUGAGGUCAUCCAAUUGGUCCUAAAACAACAAGUUGUUCUUGAGAAGCUUAAAGAAGAGAAUGAGAAGGUUCGCAAAAUAUUAGUCCAAGACUUGAAAGUUUCACCCGACAAGUUCAAAGUUGACAUGUACUCGGAUACAAAUACGUAUACAUGUAGUGAUUGUGUCGAGUGUCGAAGAAGGGAUAGGAGAAGACGAAAGUAAGUAAAACCUUACACUCAUUAAUACUGUUCAAAAAAUUCAAUUGGUUUUGUUAUUUUCACAGCCAAUAUGGUCCAUAGGAUGUUAAAGAGUGUCAUAAAGUUGUGAUGAGAUAGAAAAAUGACAUGUUUUGGUUUGAAACAGAAUUAACUGAUAUUGCAUUUAAAAUGUUGUGCUUCUCAACAACAGUUAC